GCCAGUGAGGCUCCGAAGCCACUAUUCCAUACGCGGAGUCUGAGGGGCUUAGUACUUCCAUUUCUACCUAGUAAAGUGCAUCAGAUGCAUAUACCUAUAAGUUAUCCUCCAGAAACUAUGGCCUGUAUGAAAUACCUUUACGUAGGUAGUUAAUUACUGUAGAAACCUACCUAAGCAGGAAGAUAUCAUGGCUGGAUUGACAGGGAUUUCGAUAGGGAUACCAGCUUCCUCAAUCCCAACGCAACGCGAAGUUGAAGAGCUCCCAUGGAAAUAUAGAGGCUAUAAAGAUUUUACCGCAUGCGUUGCGGCCGAUGCGGACUUUUUCGCAGUUCGAAGAUUUGGACGACUUCAUUCACGGGCAUUACUAACACUCCAAGAUCAAAUAGUUGAACUAGAGAAAAGGCUUGAUGCAAUGGAUGAGUUGUUCAGUUUAAAGACGACGAAGCUUGUUGGAUCAAAUCCUCCUGUUGUCGUUGACUCGACUUUGCUUGGAAAAUAUCCGCAUCCAAGCGUAUGUGUUAGCACCGGGCGAGAACCGCCAGAAGCUCGAGAUAUCAAUAACGGUACAAUCAGAGAUGACGUAUUGGAAAGAGCUGAACUUAUCUCCCAGAUAAUUGCUAAGCUGAAGGAGUAUGACGGAUUAUUACUAGAUCAUUGCUCGUUAAUGAAUAUGUCAGCAGCACCAAAGAGAAAUAUUCAAAACAUCGAAACUUGGUUUGAAUGUAAUAAGGGCGCGAUUAUGGAAGAAGAGACAGACUUCAUCAAGCAUCGAGAUGAUCUUAUAUCUGGAUGCGGGGAGAAGAAAGCCAUUCUUCGAUUAUUCUUCGAGGACGAGAUCAUACGGCGGACUAAAAUAUUUAUGGGCCUCUUCAGGAAGAAUCCGCCGCCCAGUCUGAGCCUGCGUGACCGAAACGAGAUAUUUCAUUUUAGCGACAGGGCUAUAGAUGCCUUUGGAUCGCUUGCAACUUUGAUUAUUGCCUUGAUAAUGCUAAUAGCCCCACUAUGGAUUCUUCAGCGACUUGAUGAUAUAUUUUCCAAGUUGGCUGUCAUCACCUCUUUCAUCAUCGUUUGCGUGUUUUUCCUGUCGUUCGCUACUCUUGGGAGACCAUUCGAAACGCUAGCAGCCACUGCAGGAUAUUCGGCUGUAUUAGUUGUCUUUCUACAGUUAGGAAAGUAAAUUUCUAACUGUGACGAGAUUGGUACAACAUGGACUUGGCAGAUGAGAAAGCGGUGAAUUUUGGGUAGGAUCGCGGUCGGUAUGCUCUUCAUCUAUACCAUUCCGAUGCCAGGUGACCAGCUGCCAUCGGGAUCCCCAUUGGCCGAACUCCGGUUCGACGAGAUAUUAGAAGUGCAUAGGUACCUAAUAGAUUGCGUCCGUUGCCCA